AUGCUUGGUAAAUUGGUUGGUUUAGGAUUGGAGGAAAACAAUAUUACCGGCUGUAUCUCAAUCACCAUAUUCAAUAUCUCUUCUCUACAAGUGUUGUCUCCGGGAAGAAACAGUCUCAUCGGAUACUUGCCAGGGGAGGUUGGCAACUUGACUAAAUUGCAGAAUCUACAGCUUGAGGAAAAUAUGCUUACAGGUGAAAUACCGAAAGACGUAAGCAAUCUUAUUGAGUUGGUUAAAAUUCAUCUGAGUUUCAACAAGUUUAUUGGUUCACUUCCAAUGGAGAUCUUCAACAUAUCAGGGGUGAGAGAUAUUGCUCUUGUCGGAAAUAAUCUAUCAAGAACCCUCCCAUUAAAUAUAGGUUCUAUGUUACCCGACAUUGAAGAGCUUUAUCUAGGUAACAUGAAUCUUUUUGGAAGUAUACCUCAUUCUCUCUCCAAUUGUUCCAAACUCACUAAUCUAGACCUUUCUGGAAAUAAACUCACCAGUUUGAUUCCCAACUCUCUUGGAUAUUUGACUCAUCUAAAGUACCUAUUAUUGGGGAGAAACUAUUUAAUGAGUGACACUACCUUAAGCUUUUUGAAUUCCUUAUCAAAUUGUAGAGAUUUAGAACUUCUUGAUCUAUCUUCGAACCAUCUAAAUGGAAUGCUUCCAGUCUCCUUAGGGAACCUUUCCAGUACUUCUCUUGCACUGUUUGAAGCUGCUGAUUGCAAAAUUAAAGGGGAAUUUCCAAAAGGAAUUGGGAACUUAAGUAGCUUAAUAGACCUUGAUCUUUCUGGAAAUGGUUUAAUUGGAUCAAUUCCCUCAAUAAUUAGCAACCUGAGAUUCCUUCAGAGCUUUUAA